AUCCAAGAGAUUCCAUUCUAGUACAACUGCGCCACUUUACCCGCCUCACGGCUUUCCCUUCAUAAGCAUUACUUGAAGAAAAAAGGGCGAUAACGGAUUCAUUAGUUUCCUAUUUCCGCAGCCGGACCCACAAUGAUACCGCUACUGCUGCGCAAACUGCUUCCUACUCUAUGUGACUCGGCUUUUAUAGUGACAGCCAGUGUAGCCGGGGCGGGGCCAGUGCGCUAAAUGGCCGAUGAGUUGUUGUGUUACACGGAAGCUAUAGGCACUCGGUAUAAGUGUUAAAACUUUGAUUUGGCAGUCUUGGCCUUUCAGCCUCCUUUUCGCGGGUUGUUGUUACAAAAUUAAUUACAUUGGCGGGGAGUGGGAGUGGGGCGGGGAGUGGGAGUGGGAGUGGGGCGGGGAUGAGUUCCUUCUACUUUCUCUUUCUCUUUCUUUUUCUUUUUGUCUUUUAGUCUCCCCUGCUUCCCCAGAGCAGAAAAGAGGUAAAAAUGGCCAUCCUGUCGUUGGAUUCCCCUUCAUCGGAUUUUCCCCUUCUGGUCUCUAAGGGUUGGGGAUGGUGUAAUCGUCUUAGAAUCAUCUUGGGACAUGGAUCUCUGGAGUCUAUCUGAAAGAGGAACCGAUAACACUGAAAAUGCAAAGGAUCCAACUGAAGAAGAUGAAUUUGGUUCUGGACAGCCAAAAGAGCCAAUGGGAAGCCUCCAAAGAUGGCAGGACAGCAGUGUUAGGAGUAUACUCCUGACCAGGGAAGUUUUUAAUGUAGAGGAGCACCCGCUCAAAGAACAAGGAGAAAUUAAUAUUGAAAAUACAACUGAGAAUGAGGCCCUAACGAAAGAAUGCAACGACGGAGGAGUCAAUACCAUUGAAAAUACAACUGAGAAUGAUGAUCUAAUCAAAAAAGAUGAUGCCAGAGAUAUUGAAAUAGAGCUCCUGUUUAAUUCCCAUCUAUUUGCUGUUGAAAUGAAGAGCUUGUUCGAUUUCCCAACACUGUUUGAGCUCAAUUUCCCAACACAGUUUGAGCUCAGUUUACAAAGACUGUGCGAGCGCUAUAUAAAGCCCUGGUACACUGUAGGAAGACUGCAAAUUUACUAUUUCCCAACACAGUUUGAGCUCAGUUUACAAAGACUGUGCGAGCGCUAUAUAAAGCCCUGGUACAGUUUACAAAGACUGUACGAGCGCUAUUUCCGAACACUGUAUGAGCACUAUUUCCCAACACUUUUUAAGUCCAGAUUACAAAGACAGGACGAGCGCUGUUCAUUCAGUACUUACUAUAGAAUUUACAGGGCCCUGUCUGAGAGACACCCUCUGAGUGACAGUAACAAGACUUACACAGGGUGGGGAGUCACCUUCACUUAUACUGGCAGGGAUCACAUUGCAAACUAUUUCAACUCAAGCAAAGGGGACAAAAAAAUUGCAGAUCUGCUGUCUACUGAUCCAAAGGGAGAAAAGAGCCAAAUGAUAAACAGAAAUAACAUAAAAAUCAACAAAUUUUCAUGGAACUCCCAGUCAGAAGGGGACAAAAAACUUGCGGAUCUGCUGUCUACUGAUCCAAAGGGAGAAAAGAGCCAAAUGAUAAAAAGAAAUAACAGAAAAAUCGACAAAUUUUCAUGGAACUCCCAGUCAGAAGGUACCAAUGGUAUAGCGCAUAAACUGAAGGGGCUUUUCAUUUUUAUGAGAGACAUAACAUGGUUUUUAUGUUUUCUUAUUGCAUCUUCACAUGUGGUAGUCGCGGAUACUGCCGUUACUAAGGAACUCUCGGUGGCUGUGUCCUCUGACAUCGAGCUCUGUGGUCUGAAAUGUGACAAGAGCGGCAUAUACACUCUGGAUCGGGCAGUUGGUGUCCCUAUUUUGGAUUAUUUUUGCCCAGAAAAAUCCAUUCAUUACCAUGACUUCAACAGAGAGCGCCUGCAAGUGAACAUAUCCACUGGCUGCUGCAUCAUCAAAAAUGCUAUGAAGAGUGAUACUGGUGACUACGACUUGAUUUUUCAAGGCACAAAGAAGGAGGUGUGGGUCCAGAAAACAUCAUGCUUGGUUAUGGAUCCAGUCUCUGUGUCCAACAUAACUUCUAACCUUGAUGAAUCAGGGAUGAAAACGAUUCUGAGUGUUUCCUACAGUGGGGAAGAGGCGACAGUUGUGUGGGCAUGGAACGGGGGAGCCCUGCCUGAGAGACACCAGCUGAGUGACAGUAACAAGACUCUCACUGUACCCAGUACUGACACCGGCACAUUCACCGCCCUUGUCUCCAACCCCGUCAGUGACGAGAUAAUUGAGUGUGUCCUCCCACGACCAGAGGAGGAAGAAUUCCUUCCUGAAUUACGUGAGAGAAAGGUGGAAAUUGGACUUUGCGCUGCACUGUCAAUAAUUACUGGAGUGGCUGUCGUGGCUCUCAAGGGCGCAGCAAGGAAAAAAUUUGAAGGGUUGAAGUGUAAGGCAGCAAAUGAAAACUCGGCAACUGCUGAAAGUCUUGUGAGCCAACAUUCCUGCGCAGUUUCAGUUGAUGGUCCAACUAAGGAAAAAUCAGAUAUGUUUCCGUGAUUUACCAAAGAAGUUCUGUUUGGUCAUAGGGUGAACCUUGACCUGCUAAUCUUAAUACAUUAGAUUAAUUCUUCCUAUAUCUCUACUAGAUCUUUUCAUAAAUAAUCAUUAGGUAAUUAGGCAACAGAAGUAAGUUCAUAUAAGUAUGUACCUCUCUGUCCUUUUUAUAAUUGCCGCUCCUAUAAUCUCUCCUGUUCAGAUCAUUCUGUACAUGAAUAAGAGAAAUAUAUAAGAUCGUAUAGGUUGGGCAUUAAUAAGAGCAGAGAUGAUAGGAUUAACAUAAAAAUUGCUCGUUAUUACUAAUUAUAAUGCAUAGGGGAUUAUAUAUUUCAUAAUUGCAGAGAUAUAUAAUGGUUACAUAUAUCUAGUGUUUUACUUACAUUCACUUUCCUAUUAUAUACUAUGUGCUUAUGAUUAGUGAUGAGCAAAUCUGUCCAUUUUUCUUCUCCGAAAAUUUCUCGAAACAACAGCAAAAUUCCCCCCCUUUUUUGACGUGACCACUCCUAUUUUGACGCGUUUGCGCCUAUUUUUACAUGACCACGCCUAUUUCGACACGACCAAGCCUAUUUUGAUGCGUUUGUGCCUAUUUUGACACGACCACGCCUAUUUCGACAUGACCACACCUAUUUUGACGCAACCACACCUAUUUUGACACGACCACGCCUAUUUCGACAUGACCACACCUAUUUUUACGCAACCACACCUAGUUUGACACGCCCAUGCCUAUUUUGACACGCCCACGCCUAUUUUGACAAGCCCGUGCCUAUUUUGACACGGACACGCCUAUUUCGACACGGACACGCCUAUUUUGACGCGACCACACCAAGUUUGACACGCCCACGCCUAUUUUGACAAGACCACAAUUUUUUUGACACGCAAUGAAUUUUACAGCAGCAAAUUUUCUCAGAAGUUUCGCUAAACAAUUCGGCAAUGGCGAAAUGCGGAAAUUCACUGAGAAUCUAUGCCUGGCAAAAAAAUUUGCUCAUCACUAUCUAUUAUCUUUUUAUAAAUAAUCAUUAGGUAAUUAGGCAACAGAAGUAAGUUCAUAUAAGUAUGUGCCUCUCUGUCCUUUUUAUAAUUGCCACUCCUAUAAUCCCUCCUGUCCAGAUCAUUCUGUACAUGAAUAAGAGAAAUAUAUAAGAUCGUAUAGGUUGGGCAUUAAUAAGAGCAGAGAUGAUAGGAUUAACAUAAAAAUUGCUUGUUAUUACUAAUUAUAAUGCAUAGGGGAUUAUAUAUAUGAUUCCAGAGAUUUGUAAUGGUUACAUAUAUCUAGUGUUUUACUGGCUUUCAUUUUCCUAUUAUAUACUGUGUGCCUGUGUUUACUUAAAUCAAAAUAAAUUUUCCUGAGCAUCGCA